CUACAACUCUGUACUACUUCCCACAAGAUAUGCGGGUGGAGCAAGGGCAAAGCUGAUCAUCCUCAGGGCACUUGAGGAGCGCCAGGUCUUCUGGUCGACCAACCAGCACGCCCGACCAACAGCGUGUGUUGGCGCAACUUCGCCCAGACAUACCAUGGCGUCCAAACACACUUCACCCCAUCCACAAGGCACCUACGGACGUGAUGCGCGUCAAUGAAAGUCGUCCCUGAUUCACUCAUGAUCCCACACAUUUCGCCUCCUCUAUUCGCUCAGUGUCCCAUUACUCCGCAACGAAAAACAUCGUUCUCCGCUACUGUUGUCGAGUGGUGACGCGUGACGUAUGCCGCGCAUCCCGUCCUGAUAUCCUAAACAUUCCGAGUCUUGAUCCCCUUACUUGACAAACGCCUAUCGACAUAUGGUGCACACUUGACACCCCCUCCACCAAUUGCAUACACGCGACAAUGUCGGACUACGGCGACUACUCUGACGAUGACUUUUUCGAGUUCGAUCUAGACUACACUUACGUAGAGGAUGGAUAUCACAUAGCGGACGACCUCGCCGAACGCGCCGUGGCGUCUCCCCCUCCAUUCGCAGACGACGACGACUAUUAUGACUGGGAUCGCUUCGACUACUACGAAGACAUUGAAGAUGGCUCUGCGGGAUACUACGACUACGACGCCGGGCGCGGUGCCGGUGCAACAAACGAAACGACCGUCCAGAGGAGAGAAAGGCCUGGUGCCGUUGCAAGAGGAAGGAAGAAGCGGAAACUAUCGGCGAGCAAAGGACCAGAGCCACCGUCGUCCCCAACACCGACGGUUGCUUGGAGGACGCAGAAGGAACGGACAUAUCGGUCAUCGAAGCCUAUGAAUGUUGAUGCUCAGCAGCCUGUUGCUCUCCUGAAGGAUUGGCGGACAAGAUUUGCGAAUAGCUCCUUGGAGGAGUUCAAAAAGAAGCCUAAAGCUCAGGAUGAAGGUGCCGAGACUUUCGAUAUCCCGCCUGAAGACGGAGCCAGCAGAGCACCUAUGAUUGACGAGGAUGCCUUCAAAGCCGCUCUGGUCAGUCGGCUCGGAAGCGCAGGCAACGGGCUCCAGGGGUUAGACCCGAAUAUGCUCCUCCAAUAUGCGAUGCGAAUGCUUGGUGGAGAAGAGGAUGCAGACGAUGUUGCCAGAGCACUAGCAGACGACCUAUUCGAGCGCGAUGAAGACGAUCCGGCGGCCGAGGGCAUAUCCAACUUCCUGUCACACCACGGUGCGACCGAAGAGGGAAAGGAUGAAACGAUGACACCCGCGGGCAGCUCUGUCGACGAACAGCCCGUCACCAAGCAUCAGACCCCACAAACCACAAAGCCGACAAGACAAACUCAACAUCCACCUACCCCGUCAUCCUCAGACACCUCAAAGAGCGCCUCAAGGACUAUCGACACCAAAAGCCCCGUCCUCACGGCUGCAGAGACCAAGAAGAGGCACAACGCAAAAUCCCCAUCCCCGGCACCACAACCAUCUUCCCGCAAGCGCAAGGCCGACUCCCCCGAAACAGCCACCGAAAACCCAGCGGCACCAAGAGCCAAACGCGUAACCCGCUCGUUCGACGCGCCAACCGCAUCCAGCAAGGCACGUACGUCUUCGAGGAAUGUAUCCAACAGCACCUCUCACCGCGGAAGGAAGCGCUGAGUAGGUCCCCCCCCCCCCCC